GUUACAGUAGCCUAGAGGAAACAGGUGACUAUUAGGAAAGUUGCCAUAGCGAGUUGACUAGCUCUAAACUGCACGAGCGAAUGUUAUCUUGGCAAACGUGACCACUGACAGUGGCACCACUGAGCCCCUUCGGUGCUGAUCAAGGUCCCAGUCUUUCAUACACAAAGUAGAUCCCUUGGUGAGAAAGACAUGGACAAUGGUAGGGCCGAGGGUGGCAUCGGUCAACAUGAGCUACCAAUUCAGCGUUUGGAGAACACCGACUUGACUGGAUCACACGGUGUGCAUAGUGUCGAAGUUGUACCGAGCUGUUGGGAGGACAGAGCGCUGCUUCACUUGGCCAGAGAGCUAGAGUACCAGGGACCACCAGACCCAAACAGUGGCUAUGGCAGUUUUGGAUUUUGCUGUCCUGCACCGUGUGACCCCCAGAGUUCUUCCAUGGCCCAACGUACCACUGCCACUUACCACCACCAAGACUUCCUGCCCAGCCCUUAUGCACACACGGCACACCCUGCUCCAGGACGAAGCAAAGACCUGACCAGCCCUUAUGCACACACGGCACACCAUGCUCCAGUACGAAGCACCGAGAACCACAUGGCACACCAUGCUCCAGGACGAAGCACCGAGAACCACUCAUGGCCAGCUGAUGGAGGACUGCACUAUGGGAUGAUGUCUAGAGAAAUAUGUGAUGCUGUGGCCAGCAUUACCUCAGAUCCCACUGAGGAGCAGGCAAAAGAUGUUUACAUUAAACAAGAGACCUUGGGAUUGAGAGACAAGCUGGACAUCUGUCAUCGUGGCAACCAUCCAAUUGUGUUCCUGUCAUCUCUCGACCCGCCAGUGGACAACGGCCUUGCGGUACAACCACCCAAUGUUUGUCAGGUUCUACACGAUGCCAACGGCAGGCCCCAGGUGGUGGUGAUGAACCACCACACUCCAAUGAACCACCACAAUCCAAUGCCCAUGAUGCACUCCGUGUCCUCAGGAGGGCACAGUUCCACCACUCAAGAGCCAGUGUAUUACACGGCAGCACCACAGGGCAGCACCUCAGAGCGAUGCCCACCAUGUGGAAAAGUUCAAGACAUAGGCCACUAUGACUUCAUGGGAGGGUAUCCGGUGAGCCGGAUGUUUCCUUCCUCUCUGCCGGGCUCACGAGCCGUGUCUGGCCAGCAGUUCGUGUCCCAAAUGGGUCCCUCACCCAGCCACCACCAGAUGCUGCCCUCGAGUCCAUACGGACCCCCGGUUCCCAUAGGCCCCGGCUUCAGCUACAACAUUGUGCCUGGGCCCUUCAUUCCCCAGUUCCAUCAGAGCCCAUGCCCAUUGUAUCCAGACAACCUGGGACCGACUCCAGAAAUGAAACCCAAGAUGAUCCAGAGACAGUUAAGUGGACCCUACUGGGACUCCAAGUCACAGAGGAAGCCUUGCAACUGCACAAAGUCUCAGUGUCUCAAGCUGUAUUGCGACUGCUUUGCAAAUGGAGAGGUGUGCAGCAACUGUAACUGCAUCAACUGUUAUAACAACAGUGAACACGAGAACGAGAGAUACAGAGCCAUCAAGAUUUGUCUGGAGAGGAACCCAGAGGCCUUCCGUCCGAAAAUUGGUAAUCGGAAGCUCGGAGACCCCAAAGGACGUCACAACAAGGGCUGUAACUGCAAGCGUUCCGGAUGCCUGAAGAACUACUGUGAAUGCUACGAGGCCAAAAUCAUGUGCUCCUCCACCUGCAAGUGCAUUGGCUGUAGGAACUAUGAAGAGAGUCCCAAGAGGAAGGGAGUGGGAUGGGCAAGCCCAUGUAUGAAGGAGGAGAGGGGCCAGAAGACUAGGUGCCGGGUGGCGUGCAUCACGUCUGACGUGGUGGAGGCGACGUGUGGUUGUCUGCUGGUCCAGGCCGAGGAGGCAGAGAAGGAAGGCUGCACUUUGUCUCAAGCUGAGCGAAUGAUCCUGGAGGAGUUCGGCCAGUGUCUGACGCAAAUCGCGCAGUCGAUAUUCCGGAGCAGCGGCCUGCCUGGCUAAGGGGGUAGGGUAGGGUAGGGCUCCGGAAAGAGGAGAGGAGAGGAGAGGAGGAGGUUGGAAAACACGGCAGCCCCGCAGCUCUGGGACAUGAGGGAGUCAUGUGUGGCGGUCAUGCUCUCUCUCUCUCUCUCUCUCUCUCUCUCUCUCUCUCUCUCUCUCUCUCUCUGCUAUUUCUGUGUUCCUAGUGGAGGCUUCAGUGCUCUUGCUUUUGUUGAAUGGAUGUGUGAAUCCAUCCAGAGGUUCCAAAAUAAGUGUUGUUUACUGUGGAUACUGUAGCUACAAUUCACCUGUUUUGUAGAGAUGUAUUUAUUUUAUUUAUUGCACUACAUUUAUUUAUUGCACUUUAUUUUAUUUAUUCGUAUUUAUUUAAUCUAUUUAUUUUUAUAUUUUUCAGUUCGUGUACAGAAAUAGUUUUAAUUAUAACAGUUUCCAGCCAUACAUUAGCCGUCAAAUCACCACAAAGGUGUACUGUUGUAUAUUCUUUUGUUCGAUAUAUACUUUAAAAAAAAAAACAGAUUUACUGUAUUUACAUAGUUAUAAUUACAGUAUAUGAUAGAAAUGGUCAAACAUGGUGGGUUUUCUUUUGGGAACUUAUUUUUUCUUGUUCAACGACAGAAAAGGAGAUGAAUGAGAUGCUAACUUUUUAUUUUUACUGCUACCUACCUUGAUACAGGGUUAAUACUUUCUACUUCUCUAUGUUAAACAAUUACACACAAGACAUGGGUGGCUGUCUAAUGUUAAACGUUUGAAAUAAACUGUGUUAAAAUAAC